CUUCACUAUUCGAUGUCACCUAUUCUGUGCUCCUCCCACUUUGAACGUAUUACAAAUUACAACAUCAUCUUCCCAACACUUCUUUUAUUCUGCUGUACAUUUGCUCCCUAUGUCAUGUUGGAGCAGCUGUGCGAAACUCCAUGAUAUACAAUCUAAUUCUGCAACCCAGCCGCGAUGCCAGCUCCAGGCGAACAGCAUAAUGGCAUUGCCAAUCCUUUCGAGGAGGCCAAACCUCACAUAUCCGAAUUUACUGCAACCCAAAUAGCCACUUUGCAGUCGCGUUUAGAAAAGCAAUUGGGUCCCGAAUAUCUCUCCGCUCGCAGCGGCCCGUCUGGCCAAAAGGUUCACUAUAUCGCCGCCGAGAAAUGUAUCAGUCUCGCGAAUGAGGUCUUCGGCUUCAAUGGCUGGUCCUCUAGCAUCCAGAACAUCCAAGUCGAUUUCGUCGACGAGAACCCACAGACUUUCAAGAUCUCUCUCGGUCUGUCUGUCAUCAUUCGCGUGACGUUGCGCGAUGGCACAUACCACGAGGAUAUCGGGUACGGCCACAUUGAGAAUUGCAAGGGAAAGGCGGCCGCAUUCGAGAAGGCGAAAAAGGAGGGGACCACAGAUGCGCUGAAGCGUGCGUUGCGGAAUUUUGGUAACGUCCUUGGCAAUUGUAUCUACGACAAGGAUUAUCUCUCUAAGGUCACCAAGAUGAAAGUUGGACCUGUCAAAUUCGAUGAGGGCAACCUGCAUCGUCACUCUGAUUUCGCCAAGAAGACGCCAGAUGUUGUGAAGGUGGAACCGAAAGAGACUGUGGACAAGAGUGUUCUUCCUGAAAAGAUGACUGCGCAUGUAUCGGAUUUGCUUGACGAGGACUUUGGUGAUUUUGACAUGGUCGAUUUUGGCGUUACAGACGAAGGUCACCCGGAUGAGGUGAUCCUCCCAGGUUCUCACGGAACAAGCUCAAGUGAAAAGCCUCAAACUUUACCCGUUAGCAACAACAGUGAUCGCAGUGCUCUAUCUACAUCUACAAACAGUGCUUCGAAGCCAAUGCAGCCACCCCCGCGGCCUGCUGUCCAGCCUCCUAGACAACCCCAAACCCCAAACCAGCAGCCGCCACAGCGACCAAACCCGUCUUUCCAGGGCCGGCCAAAUCCGCAACAGUACCCAAGACCCCCUAGCCACGCUAACAACGCCGCUCAGCAUGCUGCAGCAACCAACAGAACAAACACACCACCCCCCCAGAACAGAGCAGUGCCACCGGAACAAGCCGGCUUCUUCUCAGCCCGAUCAAUCAAAAAGUUACCUGAAAACGCCACCCCAGACACAGCCAUCAACCCCGCACAGGGCGCCAAGGCGUUCGACCCCCAUCUGGACAGUCCCUCGAUCCGAAAAACACCAGGCGUCGACCACAGCUCCUCCAAGCCUUUAGGUAAAGAUGGUAAACACGUUCCCCCCGCGAAGCGAGAGGCAGAACCGCAGCAACGGGGCCCGGCUAGCGGACCGGUCGGAAAUAGCUUCUCGAGCGCCGUCGGUUUGGGUCCCGGACGACCCGCCGUGGGCGGCGUCGGAAACCCCGCGCUCAACCAGGCUAGACAGAUCGGUGCCCCUGGAGGCGUGGGCAGCCCGAUGGGAAAUAGGGGCCAGUAUCGGCCGUUGACGGUGAAGCGGCCGGCUCCUGCGGCGGGCGAAUCGGGUAAUCGGGUGCCGUUGACGGAGGUUUCGACGAAUGGUCCUCCCCAAGGUAUAGGAGGUGGUGGUGGUGGAGGUGGGGAUGGAGGAACUGAUCCUAAGAGACAGAAGGUCUCUUAGUCAACACGGGUGUGGAUGGCUUAGGUUGUUUCUAUAACGGGUAUGGUAUAGGCAAGAGACGGAUUCUUUCUCGGCGGAAAUGUUCGGCGUCUGGAGUACUUUGCUACUAGCUAGGCGCUUGCUGUAUUGACAUCAUGUUAGGCUCUACGGUCCCGAGAUGCGCAAAGUCGAGGAUGGCCUGGCCAAUGGAAUUUAUGGAAGUUCAAUUGAACGAAACUUCACCGCUUGAAUGUAUUAAGGCAGCCAAUGUGAUGUGUGCAACGAGUCCGAGUUCCAAAUGAAACCCCCCUUCAAGGCAUUGGGCAUCGACGCGUUGUAGGAAAGGCAACGCCCAUCAGGCCCGGCUGCAACCCUAGGCAUAGACUACCUAUGCCAGCGUUCUCUGGGAAAAUCACAGCCUCGUUAAAUCGCUCGAUCGAGCCCUUUACCAUUUCAUGGUUUACGUUGGUAAACUGAAAAUGACGGUUAUACUAGUACCACGAGGUACUUGAGCAAUUGAAUUCUUACC